AUGUUUGGGAGGUCAAUAACAUUUCAUAAUGUGGUCAACUAUGGUGCUCGUGGCGAUGGAAAAUCUGAUGAUUCCCAUGCCUUUUUAAGUGCAUGGAAAGACACGUGUCGAACGGCAGGGACGCCGAUUCUAGUUAUACCAAAAAAUGGAGUAUUCAAGGUGAAGAACAUAAACUUGAGUGGUCCUUGCAAGGCCAAAAGUAUUCAUAUUCAGCUUCAAGGGAAAAUAGUUGCACCUCAGAGGAAUGAAUGGGCAAAAGGUCUGCAAGUUGAUGAUAAGUCCUCUUUAAUUUUAAUCUCACAAGUCAACAGUCUCAGAAUUCAUGGAAGUGGACAAAUCAAUGGCUUUGGUUCUUCUUGGUGGAAUUGCCCUUCUUGUCAAAGACCAAAGGUUAUUAGUUUUGAACAAUGCAAUGAUCUUAGAGUUAGUUAUCUGAGCAUAAUUGACAGUCCACGAGCUCACGUAACAGUAGAUGGUUGUAACAAUGCUGUGUUCUCUCAUAUCAAUAUUCAUGCUCCUGGUGACAGCCCCAACACCGAUGGAUUUGACAUUUCUGCUUCAAAAUAUAUAACCAUUCAAGAUUCCAUUAUAGGAACAGGUGAUGAUUGUAUUGCCAUUAGUGGUGGCUCCUCUUUAGUCAAUGUUACUGGGAUUGCUUGUGGACCAGGCCAUGGAAUAAGUGUUGGGAGCUUGGGAAGAAACAGGCAGCAUGAUACAGUUGAAGAAGUUUAUGUGAGGAAUUGCAGCUUCACAAACACCCAAAAUGGAGCAAGAAUCAAGACAUGGAAGGGUGGAUCAGGUUUUGCAAGAAAAAUCACUUAUGAGAAAAUCACAUUAAGAAAGGCUUUCAACCCUAUAAUCAUAGACCAACACUAUGACUAUGAUGGUUUGAAGGGUGGAGCAGUCAAAGUGAGUGAUGUGACAUUCAGAGGGUUUGAAGGAACAAGUGGAGAUGAGAAAACUAUUGACAUAGAUUGCGACUCUUCAGGUUGUUUCAACAUCGUAUUGGAAGAUAUUAACAUUGCCUCUUCUGAACAAGGAAAACCAGCUUCCUGUUCUUGCAGUAAUGCUCAUGCAAUAACUAAAUCUACCACGCCAAAUUGUAAUUGCUUAAUGAAAUGA